CACCAUCAUUCUUUUAUGUCGUCUCACAACAUGUGGAUGCCUCCGGCCUUCCAGACCGGUCACUUGACGAUCCCUCUAAGCCCAAACUGGUGACCAGAGAAACAGUUAGUAGAGACCGACGGACCGUCCAUUGCUGUUCAGCCGUGGCCGGAUGGGGGUGCCCGGUAAGAUAUACUAAGACGAUGGACCGCAACGGCUACGGCAUUUCCAACAUGGCAUUCCCAUGUGGUCGAUCUUCACAUAUCUAAAAGACUAGUCCUUGAAUCGAAGUUCUGUAGUUCCUCCCAGUUUCUUCCACAUCUCUCCACUCCAGAGUUUUGGCUUCAUAUCAUGUCGUUUUAAUAAUUUUCUUUUUCUUCGUACGAUCUUUUACCACCCUCUCUUCGUAAUGGAGAACCGCGAAUCCAUCCUGCAGAUGGUGCGGUGGGGCACCCGUUUGUCCCUCGCCUUGUUCUCCGUGAGCGGUGCCUCCGGCGAUCUCAACCGCCUCGCGAAGAAAGUCAAUAAGUUUUCCCUCGUUCUGCGUCAGGUUGGGUCACGAUUUCAGGAAGAGAGCAUUUCGUCUCCCCAAUCUGCGAGAGCCGUCACCCACAUCCUACACCAAGCACAAGGGGUGUUCGGCGAGAUCGAGACAAUAGUGCCCCAAGCGGCGGAAUAUGUCAGGGAUACGAGCACGUCGUGGACAUCAGUGAAGGUGGGGACAACAUGGCAGUGGGACGAGGCGGCCGAGGACAAAGCGCAUUAUCUGCUGGAACAUCUCGAGGCGUUGGCGUUGACACUUCAAGUGAUGCUGCAGACGUUCUAUACAGUCAAGAUUACAGUGUGGGCAAGACAACAGACUACUCAAAACGCACGAGACGCUGUAUCUACAGAACGACUACAGCUUCAGAGCUUGAUCAUCGAACAGCAGCUCUGCAUAUUGAAUACACACCAACUCCACCUCGACUAUCGUUUAGAUAAUGUUCCCUCUCGUUCCCAGGUGUUGACGGUACUCGAGGAACGGCAACCAUGCCCCCAACAUCUCGUCUCUUACCAGGAGGAAUCCUUGGUCGCCAUCGACGUAGAUAAUACGGAAUCCCAGCGGUUAGAAGUUGUUCGCAAGGUGGCAGGUUCGUACAUCGACGAACUUCUGAGACGAUGGACAAGACUAGAAGAAAUUGAGCAGGACAUCCGUCAAGAGGAGUUUCAGACUCGAGCACAACAAGAGCGUGAGAUGCAAACCGUAUCGAGGAGAGCUUCGCAGCAACCAAGCGUUGAGGAAGAUGAUGAGGAGCACAACCUCAAGCAUCCGGUCCCCAAAAACUGUGCCCCUGGCCCUCUCCUGACACCUAUGAGCGAGACUCACUACGCGAAGGCUGUUCACAAGGCCCAACUUCUUCCCCCCGUCCCCGGCUCAAUCUGCUCAUUCGGGAUGUAUACCAACAUCCCCCCGCCCCAGCAUCGCCGAGUCUGUGCGAUCGGCUCCGAUCAUUGAAGAGUCGGAAGGCAUGGGAAUUCCAUGGACGCUGAAGAUCCACAAGCACCGCUGGGACUACAACGACAACAUCAUAGUCGACUCGAACUCACA